CUCUGCCGCCUCCUUCCUUCUUGCUCACUACCCUGUGUACCCGGGACACCUGAGGAGGGCGGAAGAAGACGCUGUAGGCGGCAUAGAAAGAGAAGGCGCAGUACACGAGCACCAGCACGUAGCAGCAGAACUUCUUACGGUCAGGCUGAGGAACUCCAUCAAGAAUUAUGCCAAGAUACACCGUGCAUGUGAGAGGAGAAUGGCUGUCUGUACCUUGUAACGAUACUUCCAAAACCAUUAGAUGCCUUGGUAAGGAAGCACUGAGGAGAUACAUCAAGAACAAGCCUGAUAAUGGAGGUUUCGUAACUUUAGAGAAUGUACAGUUUUACCUGAGGAGAUGUAAAGGCUUGGGCUUACUGGACCUGGAUGACAAACUAGAAGUUGCAUUGGAGGAUAAUGAAUUUGUGGAAGUUGUUGUGGAAGGUGAUGUGAUGUCUCCAGAUUUUAUACCAUCUCAACCAGAAGGUGUUCAUUUAUAUAGCAAAUAUAAAGAACCUGAAAAGUAUAUUGAAAUGGAUGGAGACAGUCUGACAACAGAAGAUUUGCUUAACCUAGGAAAAGGACUCUAUAAAAUAAAGCUUACCCCAGAGGCCAAACAGAGAGUAAAGCAGUCCAGACUUCUCAUACAAAGCAUUGUGAAAGACCAGAAAGUGGUGUAUGGAAUUACUACAGGAUUUGGCAAGUUUGCUCGCACUGUCAUCCCGAUCAGCCAGCUUCAUGAUCUUCAAGUCAAUCUUGUGCGUUCCCAUUCAGCAGGUGUUGGAAAGCCACUAAGUCCUGACCGUACCCGUAUGCUUUUGGCUUUGAGGAUUAAUGUUUUAGCAAAAGGAUAUAGUGGUAUUUCACUUGGGACACUUCAGCAAGUGAUUGAAGCAUUCAAUGCAUGCUGCUUGCCAUACAUCCCAGAGAAAGGCACAGUUGGAGCCAGUGGAGAUCUUGCCCCUUUGUCUCAUCUUGCUUUGGGCUUAAUAGGUGAAGGAAAGAUGUGGUCCCCUAAAAGUGGCUGGGCUGAUGCUAAAUAUGUACUUGAGGCUCAUGGUUUGAAACCAGUAUCUUUGAAACCCAAAGAGGGACUUGCUCUUAUCAAUGGUACACAGAUGAUCACAUCCUUAGGCUGUGAGGCUGUGGAGAGGGCUAAUGCAAUCGCCAAGCAAGCGGACAUUAUUGCAGCUCUUACACUGGAAGUCUUAAAGGGAACUACAAGGGCCUUUGAUUCUGACAUCCAUAGACUGAGGCCUCAUCCUGGACAGGUGGAAGUAGCUUUUCGGUUUAGAUCACUUCUAGAUUCAGAUCAUCACCCUUCAGAGAUAGCUGAAAGUCACAGGUUUUGUGACCGGGUCCAAGAUGCUUACACACUUCGUUGCUGCCCACAGGUUCAUGGUGUGGUAAAUGAUACUAUUGACUUUGUUAAGAACAUCAUUUCAACAGAAAUUAACAGUGCAACAGACAACCCUAUGGUUUUUGCAGAAAGAGGAGAAACCAUUUCAGGUGGAAACUUUCAUGGUGAAUAUCCUGCAAAGGCCUUGGAUUAUCUUGCCAUUGGCGUCCAUGAACUUGCAUCAAUUAGUGAGAGGAGGAUCGAAAGACUGUGCAAUCCCUCUCUCAGUGAGCUACCAGCAUUUUUAGUCACCGAGGGGGGGUUAAAUUCGGGCUUCAUGAUCGCCCAUUGUACAGCUGCUGCCCUUGUUUCUGAAAAUAAAGUGUUGUGUCACCCGUCCUCCGUAGACUCCCUCUCCACAAGUGCUGCUACUGAAGACCAUGUAUCAAUGGGAGGCUGGGCAGCAAGGAAAGCUCUCAGAGUUAUUGAAAACGUGGAACAUGUGCUGGCUAUUGAGCUUCUUGCAGCCUGCCAAGGGAUUGAAUUUCUACGCCCUCUUAGAACCACAACUCCAUUGGAGAAAGUCUAUGACCUUGUUCGCUCUGUGGUUAGGCCUUGGAUGAAGGACCGUUUCAUGGCUCCAGACAUAGAAGCAGUUCACAGAUUACUUGUUGACCAAAAGGUUUGGCAUGUGGCAGUACCAUAUAUUGAGAAGUACAGAAUGGAACACAUUCCUGAAUCCAGACCAGUUUCCCCUACUGCUUUCUCUGUGGAUUCAAUGUCCUUUAACAGCUGCUCUUUAGCUGACCACCAUGACCAUUCAGAAGAUCAUGAAGACGAUGAAUCUUAGAGCUGUGUUAUAAAUGCCAUGAAAAGAUCAAAAGUCUGAGGUGUGGAUAAAAUAUUUGCAACAUAUAUGAAGGGCCUUAAAAUAAAAUCUUAACUCCAUGUACUGUAUUAUAACUGUGUGAUGUAAUAGCUUUUGCAAUUAUGGUAUUAAAUGAUAUUCA